AUGUUUGACCUGAAGAAGAGGAACAGUUUGUCCCUGAAAUGUAACCGUGACACGGAGGAGUUCAGACGGGUGGCGGUCAGACGGAAGGUCAAAGGUGCUGCAGGAGACUGUAACGCCACUUACACAGUGAACAGUGGAGUGUGUGGCUCAUACAGCUGUGGACGUGCUCGUGACAGAACUCAAACAAACUCUAAACUCGGUGUCGGGGAAGAGGUUGACAGAAGUCCAGCUAAGAGAUCACCCUCCAAACCAGAAGUGCCUCCUAAACCCGCUCAUCUCCAGAGUCCUUUGAGCGCAGAGCAAGGUCAAGCUCACAGUCCCACUACAGGAAAAUUCCUACUUCCGAAAGUUAAUGGCACAGAAGAUCAGAGUCCUAACCGAAGCUAUGGAGUGCCUUUUUCCUACCUCAGCCCAGCACAAAACUGUCAAGGCUCCCCAAGUCCUGUGAGAAUAGGGGGUUGCAGUUUUUUGAAUGGAGAACAACUGAGCCCUGCCAGACAUCCUCAGGGGAUUCCAAUUCUUGCGGGCAGUCCACUGUUAGGAUCUCCGAGUCCAGGCAAAAGAGGCAUUCAGAACUGUAGCCCAUUGAGGGAAGGAGGGCAUAGCCCCGCUAAAUUGUCCCCAAGAAACUAUAGCGGUCUCAUAGGAAAACUGCGGACCCCCAGUCCCAUUCAGGGAAAGAUGGGGAGCUACAGCCCUGCCAGGAACUCUAAAUCCUGGCUGGGACUACACAGAAUUCCAAGCAGCAAGACGGAAAGACAGGAGAAGAUGGCAGGGAAAUCUUUGAGUGUGCCCGACUUGAUCGUUUACUUGGAAGAAAACAGAAUUCCCACUGAAAAAACGGAACGCUCACCACUGAAACCGCUACAAACACCCAACUGCUGUGGGCCUGCCAUCACCAUCAAAGCACCUGCUAACCAUAGACUCAACCAUACUACAAAUAAAGCAGUUCCUCUUUUGUCAAGCUAUGGUAAGGAGCACUCGCCAGGACAAAUGAAAGGGCUAGUACUGGAGAAAGAAUGUGCAGUAUUAACUGUGACGGAUUUUAAUGACAAAACGGAAGAAAGAAAGAUACAUGCAGGAUUUGGCUCCAGGUCUUCCUGCAAAUGGACAGCGGCAACUCCAGAAGAUGGGAAGAUUCACAAGGAGUCUAAAGCUGAACAGAGUGACGAGAAGGAGGAGGAGGAGGAGGAGGAGGAGAGGAAAGAGAGUGGAGGAGAUGAACCAAAAGAGGAAGAAACCAAAGAGCAGAAAUUGUUCAAGAUAGCCAAUGAACUCCUGCAGACAGAGAGAGCCUACGUGGUUCGUCUCAACCUUCUAGACCAGGUCUUCUGCUCACGCCUAACAGAAGAGGCAGGUCGAGGCUCAUUUCCUCCUGAGGUGAUAAAGAACAUCUUUUCCAACAUUUCCUCCAUCUACUCCUUCCACAGCCAGUUCCUGCUGCCUGACCUGGAGAACUGUAUCAGCCACUGGUGUGAGAGUCCAGGCCUGGGUAAUGUUCUGCUACCACAUGCACCCUUCCUGAGGAUGUAUGCCGACUAUGUCAGGAACUUCGACCAGGCCAUGGAGCUGGUGAGGACGUGGUCCGAGCGCUCCUCUGCCUUCAGAUGCAUCAUCCAGGAUAUAGAAACUCAGGAGGUGUGUGGCAGCCUGACUCUGCAGCAUCACAUGUUGGAACCGGUCCAGAGGGUCCCUCGCUAUGAGAUGCUGCUCAGUGAUUACUUGAAGAAACUGCCCAAGGACAACCCAGACUACGAGCCGGCUCAGAAAUCCUUGCAGACAAUUUCCAUGGCUGCCACCCACUCAAACAGCGCCAUCCACAAAGCUGAGAGCCUGAAGCGGCUGCUGGAGAUCUAUGAGAUGGUCGGAGAGGAGGAGGUGGUUAACCCGACCAAUGAGUUUCUCAGGGAAGGUCGUCUGCUCAAGCUCGCUGCUAGGAACACAUCUGCCAUGGAGAGGCACCUCUUCCUGUUCAACAACUUUCUGCUGUGCUGCAGUCCAAAGUUCAGCCUAGUUGGGCAACGUUUUACGGUUCGGUGCAGGAUCGGAGUGGAUGGCAUGCAGGUGCAACAGACCACCAACGAAGACCACUUAUACACCUUCCAAGUGUCUGGGACUGAGAAGACCCUUGAGCUACAGUCCAGCUCUGAACAAGAUCGAGACGAGUGGAUAAAGGUGAUUCAGGAAGCAAUCGAUGUGUUUCAGAAGAAAAAUGAAACCUUCAAGUUGGCCUCAAAGGAGUUGAAUGUGGAAGAACCAACAGAUGAACUCGGCCGACGUGCCCCACGCUGGAUCAGAGACAACGAGGUGACCAUGUGUAUGAAAUGCCAGGAGCCUUUCAAUGCGCUGACCAGGAGAAGACAUCACUGCCGAGCCUGUGGCUGUGUGGUGUGUUGGAAGUGUUCAGACAACAAAGUGGCUUUACAGUAUGAUGGUAAUAAGCUGAACAAAGUGUGUAAAGCCUGCUACUCCAUCCUGACUGCACAAAGAGUGGAGAGGGUGGACAGCAAGAAGAAAAGAGUACUGGAGUUGGAAGCAUCUCCAGUUUGCAGUGAAAGUGAAAUGAGCGGCUUCCUGCAGUAUGGUGACAACCCCAAGACUCAGCAACGAGUGUGGUCUGUUAUUACCAGGACCAAGCCUCCAGUCCUCUACCUCUACGCUGCUGCACAGGAUGUGAAGCCCCUUACCACUAUACCUCUACUGGGCUGCAGUGUGGAGGAUUCCCCUCAGGAGCUCCAGAGUCAGUCCUGUUUCUGUCUAAGCCAAUCCAAAACCACCCACGUGUUCACCUGCGAGGGGCCUGACCUUAAACAGCGUUGGCUGGCUGUUCUAAAAGCUGCUGUGACAGGCAUCAUGCCAGCAUGUAUACUGGCUGACCCUGAAAACGGCAUGAAUGAAUCCAGAUGUGGCAUUAAUGAUAAUGUCAAUGAUACAAGUGUCUGUAGCGCUGACGGUCCAACACAGAAUUGCAGUGAUACACAGAGGCUUUACAGGAUCACUAUCGCCUUAUAA